AUGUCUGAUGCAAAACCAGUGAGCACUCCUAUUGACAAAAGAAUAAAGAUGGUAAACGCCAUGUCACCAACCAGCCAGGAGGAGAUAGAGGAAAUGAGAGAGAUUCCAUAUCAAAAUGCUGUUGAUAGCUUAAUGUAUGCAAGUAUUGGGACUCGCCCCGACAUCACACAUGCUUUGAGCCGGGCAAGCCAGUUUGCAAUUAACCCUGGGAGGCAACACUGGAUUGCAGUCAAAAGAAUCUUAAGGUACUUAAAAGGUACAAAAUCAUUAAAGUUGAUGUUUUCAAAGUCAAAAUUUACGACUUUGGAAGUUUUCUGUGAUGCUGACUGGGAAUCAGAUGAGGAUGACUAUCGUUCCUACACGGGAUACUUGUUCAUUUCAGCAGGUGCAGCCGUCAGCUGGUUUAGCAGGAAGCAACCCACUUUUGUCCUAUCCACCACUGAGGCAGAAACUGCAAAAGAAGCUUUAUGGAUAUAG